GAGCGCGGGCCCCCUCUCCAGAUCCCCUACAAAUUCCCGACACACGUCAGCCGGGGGCCUCGCCGGGGUCAUCGGGGCAGACAGCCGGGGCUGACCGCCACGGCGGAGGGCACAGAGCCCUUCUCCUCCUGGGCCAUCUGGCUGGUCGCACAAGCCCCCUGACCCCUGAAGGGUGUCCCGAGGUGGAAGGCACUGCCGGGGACAGGUAGCAUGGCGGCCAACGCGAAGACCGGUAAGGCGGCACCAAACCACGUCAUCUUCAAGAAGGUCUCCAGGGACAAAUCGGUGACCAUCUACCUGGGGAAGAGAGACUACAUAGACCAUGUUGACCAAGUAGAGCCUGUGGAUGGUGUUGUGCUGGUGGACCCUGAGCUCGUGAAGGGAAAGAAAGUGUACGUCUCCGUGACGUGCGCCUUCCGCUACGGCCAGGAGGACAUCGAUGUGAUCGGCCUGAGCUUCCGCAGGGACCUGUACUUCUCUCGGGUCCAGGCGUUCCCGCCCGUGGGGGCCGCGGGGGCCCUCACCAAACUGCAGGACAGCCUGGUCAAGAAGCUGGGGGCCAACGCGUACCCCUUCGUGCUCACGUUUCCUGACUACUUGCCCUGCUCGGUGAUGCUGCAGCCGGCUCCUCAGGACACGGGCAAGUGCUGUGGGGUCGACUUCGAGGUCAAAGCAUUCGCCACAGACAGCACGGACGACGAGGUGGACAAAGUUCCCAAGAAGAGCUCGGUGCGCUUACUCAUCCGGAAGGUGCAGCACGCGCCGGCCAAGAUGGGUCCCCAGCCCCGGGCCGAGGCCAGCUGGCAGUUCUUCCGCUCUGACAAGCCCCUGCACCUGGCCGUCUCCCUGAGCAAAGAGAUCUACUUCCACGGGGAACCCAUUCCUGUGACCGUGACCGUGACCAACAACACAGAGAAGACCGUGAAGAAGAUCAAAGCAUUCGUGGAACAAGUGGCCAACGUGGUUCUCUACUCAAGUGACUAUUACGUCAAGCCGGUGGCCGAGGAGGAAGCACAAGAAAAAGUGCCCCCGAACAGCACGCUGACCACGACGCUGACGCUGGUGCCCCUGCUGGCCAACAACCGCGAGCGGAGGGGCAUCGCGCUGGACGGGAAGAUCAAGCACGAGGACACGAACCUGGCCUCCAGCACCAUCAUCAAGGAGGGCGUAGACCGGACUGUGCUGGGCAUCCUGGUGUCUUACCAGCUCAAGGUGAAGCUCACGGUGACAGGCUUUCUGGGGGAGCUCACCUCCAGUGAGGUGGCCACCGAGGUGCCGUUCCGUCUCAUGCACCCCCAGCCUGAGGACCCAGCUACGGCCAAGGAAAGUUUUCAGGAUGAAGAUCUGGUGUUCGAGGAUUUUGCUCGCCACAACCUGAAAGACUCGGGAGGCCCCGAGGAAGGGAAGAAGGAGCCGGAGGCGCCCGCGGACGAGUGAAGAGGUCACGGAGGGCGUGGGAGAGGGGCCUGAGCCGCGUGGCGAGUGAAGCUCCAGGGUUAGCCCUUCAGUGACGCUGAACCCCAGGGCGGGCGUCUCUUCACGGAAAUAAAGCCGGUCUGUCCCGCU